CGAGGCCGGUAAACUUUGACCGUGUAUCGUUAUCUCAUUGUUUUGAUUGGUAUGCUCUUCGACAUGGGGAGCUCUUUAGGCAAGGCUGCGGCGGUAGACUUCGGGAUCCAGUGGGCAUGCUGGGCGGUAGCUGCGGUUCUUCAAACGGAGAAAUUCUAUGACUUAGCAGGAUCAAGCACAUUUUUCUACUUGGCACUGCAAAGUCUAAGAUGGAACAACACCUACUUCACCAGACAGAAGAUCAACACUGGAAUGGUCAUGACGUGGUCAGCCAGGUUAGGAUUAUUUUUAUUUACAAGGAUCCUUAAAGAGGGACAAGAUCGUCGCUUCAAUAAAGUUAGAAAUAAACCUAGUACAUUCUUUAUCUACUGGACCAUUCAAGGGGUAUGGGUGUUUGCUACCCUUUUGCCUACACUGAUCCUGAAUAGUAAAAAAGAGGAUAAACCGCUGACACGACGGGACUAUAUAGGUUACGGUCUAUGGGCUGCUGGUUUCUUAUUAGAAACCAUAGCGGACCACCAGAAAUCCCAGUUUAGAAGUAACCCUGAUAACAAUAACAAAUUUAUAAACCAAGGUCUCUGGCGGAUGGUCCAAUACCCAAAUUACCUAGGGGAGAUAAUGAUGUGGUCUGGGCUAUACCUGUCCUCGUCCUCUGUCCUUAAGGGCUGGGAACACGUGGGUGUUUUGUCACCCAUAUUUGUAGCCUACCUCCUCACAAACGUCAGUGGAAUUCCAUUACAGCAGCGUUCAGCCAUGAAGAAAUAUGGAUCCGACCCUGCCUACCUUGAAUAUCUGAAGACAACUCCAAAACUUGUACCUUUUAUUUGGUAAUGUGCCAUGAUAUUGAACAUAUGUGUGCAUCCCAGGUUUUAAACAUGACUGGGAACAAACCAUAUCCAGAUGCACAUUUGUAAAUGCUAAAGGAGUUAUGAACUAUCAAGCGAAAGCAAAAGAAAUUACGCUUGUGAAUUUACCAUACAGUCCAAUAGGAUUUUAUGGACAUUUUCUGGGACAUAUAUAGAUACUUUGUAUUUAUCAAUCAAGACAGAGAAAGUUUGUGUUAAUUGGUAAUGUAUUGUUUACCAUUGAAAGUUCAACUUUACAUUGUGGCUAUUGUCAGAGUAAAAUUCAUGAUCUAUGCAUUUAAAGGGCGUUAUUACACACCAUUGUUUAUAUGUUAUAUGUCAGUACAUUUAAAUUUGAUACAUAUGUUUGAUACAUAACAUUUGUUACAUAUCUAUUUUGUAUAGCAAUGUUUAUAUAUAUCGGGAAAAAAAAUCAUGUGGUUUGAUAAUUUUUUCCAAACCUUGCAAUCGGACAGUAGUGAAUUAUUUAUGUCUAAAAAAAGACGUCUCGGCCAUAAUAUGUAUUGCAAAACAAUUGUACGUAGUAUAAUGUCAGGUGUACCAUUCAUUUUACCUUAAUAUUCCGCCAUAAAUUUAGGGUAAAAUCUACAUUCGUCAACAUUUGAAAUGAAGGAGGUAUGUUGAUUGCUGAUGAAUUGUCACAACCAUCUUCACUACUUCUAAACAAUGUCUAUGAAUUGUUUUUGUGACCAUUUUCUUGAGGUGUGUAACGUCAAUAAAAUAGAUGUUCUUAUAA